AUGGACUGGUCUACACAUUACCCAGCAUUCGUCUGUCCAGAUCAAGAUAUGGAAGCCGGACAGCCUCGACGGAUGAGCAAACAGGUCGAGAUAGCGGAUGUCGGCUGUGGUUUUGGUGGCCUGCUCAUCGCACUCAGUCCGCUGUUCCCGGAUACGCUCAUGAUAGGCAUGGAACUCCGCACCCAAGUCCUCAGCUACGUCACAAACCGCAUCCUAGCCCUCCGCUCUCAACACCAACCGCAACCGCAAUCACAGACCCAACAACCAUCCACCGACCCUUCAAGUCUUCCUUCCCCGUCCCCCCCCUCCUCCUCCUUCCCACCUGGUCCUCUUCAGAAUAUCUCCGCCCUCCGCACAAAUACCAUGAAGCACCUCCCCAACUACUUCCACCGCCACCAACUAUCUCACCUCUUCCUCUGCUUCCCGGACCCGCAUUUCAAAGCGCGGAAACACAAAGCCCGCAUCGUCAGCGCGCAGCUGAAUGCGGAAUAUGCCUUCGUCGUCCGCCCAGGCGGUUGCGUGUAUACGAUUACGGAUGUGGAGGAGUUGGCCGGAUGGAUUGUAGGGCAUUUUAGUGGGAGGAAGGUGGAUGGGGAAGAAGAGGGGGAUGAUGGAGAAGAGACGGUGGGAGGGAAUGGGGCAGAUAAAACAAAGGGGGUGGAGGAGUUGUGGGAAAGGGUAUCCGAACAGGACUUGCAGAGUGAUCCGUGUGUUGAGGUUAUGAGGGAGGAGACGGAGGAAGGAAAGAAGGUGAGUAGGCAUGGAGGGAGAAAGUUUGUCAGUGUUUGGAGAAGGAGGGAGGAUCCGCCUUGGCCGGAUGAAGUGUGUUGA